UUCAACGGGAACAUGGUGGUUCGCAGUACUGCGAGUCAAACAAGCCUCCGGUGCCUUUACUUUUAAAAGGUUUAGAAAUGAACAACGAAAGAACUAAAUAUGCGAUCCGUUCAUCGGCCCAUUCACAAGAAGUGGCACAACUUUCUGAUCGCAAAGUUAGACAGUAGAUAAAGGGACACGCAGUUGCACAAUCUCUGAAGAGCGCUCCGGGUCCAGGUACUGCGAGCCCAGGGCUGGCUCCGGAGUACGGGAGGACAUAAGACAUAAGACAUCUGAAGAAAAUCACAAGUGCUGGAGGGGGUGGAGCUGACUUCUCCAAAUCCUCAGGCCCUGCACGUUUGGGUCUGAAACACUGGGUUCCUCUUGAUUUUUUAGGCUUUUUCAGACGAAAAUCGCGUCUUGUCCCUGUGUUACAGACACCGAUUUUGUCUUGGUAGAAGAGUCUUCGCUGUUUCUUGAAGGGAAGCAGUUAAGGAGUAUACGUAUUUACACGUAGUCCUUACCCAGCAAUAAUGCAGCGUGUGAAGGGGGCGAGGUGCACAGACACCUAUGUGCUUUAUCCACGCAGGGGGGUGGAUUUUUCUAAUGUUGUUGUCAGCUAUCUAAAUGAACUAUGCUUAGAGUGACUUUACAGCCCACUCUUGGCCACACUUGGAUCAGCUUUUCUGGUGGUAGAUCGCGUUUAUCUGUACUUGAUCGGCGAGUUCAGCGAGCUAGUAGCGCAGGUUUGUGCACGCCAGUAUAGGUGCGCCUUGUGUACUGCGCGGUAUGAUGGGUUUCAUAAUGCUCAUCAGAAAUGACCCUAAACCCAGGAUUUCACGGGAAAGACGAGCGGACACCGUCGUGAAUUUCUGGAAGCUAGAUGGUAGAUGGUAACGAAAUGAUCGUUUUGGGUUGAGUACGAGGUUGGAGGAUCCGUGCUGUUAGGCGAACAUCAGGCCGAGAUACUGCUGGGUCAAAACCACUCCGAGGAACGGUACUGUGACUCCAGGACGCACACAUAUGUGUGAAUGAUCUUUUUAUAACAUUAACAUAAGUGUGUACGCUUGCUAUAAGAGGCCGACUGGAUAUUUAUUUGCUUAUCAGAAGAGAAUAGGUUUAUAUUAUGUAUUUACUGCUUCCAUGAAAGAAAUAUUUCAAGCGUCAUUAUAAUCAAGAAUCUUUAUCUAUUCCUUCCAAAUAGACAGGAUUUUACUGUGAGUACAUCUUGAAUAGAACCUCGGAUGUUCAGUGGUGAAAACUAAAGGCAUAGCAAUAGUUAAUCCUUUAAACCGUUUUAUUGUAGUUAACUUUGUGUAACUGUUUACACUACUGAUUUAAGUUAUUACAGUGAUUUGGUUCCGCAUAAUGUGUCCAAACAGUGCCUUUCUUUAGCCCUGGAGAAUAUGACUUUCAAACACAUCCUCGUCAGCCCAGUGUGCUCUGUAUACAUAGGUAAAUAUUAUUUUCAAGCAAGCUUCUGUAUGGUUCUUGAUUAUUUUAUGUUAAUAUAAUGAAAAUUUCAAAUCCGGCCAAAAUAUAUACAGACAAUUUUUGGAAGAUACUUGACUAAGUGCCUUUUGGUGUAUAUCAGUGCCUUCUACCUCCUGAAACACUACAGUUUUGGAGACCGCUUUUGAUUGUUUUUUUUUUUUCUACUGACUUAAAUGAGGCCAUAUAGACCACAGUAGGAGAUUUAAUAUACGAUGUACAGGUGGUGUAAGUACUGACCUUACGCUCUGUCUGUUGCAUCUUGGCAGCACAAAUUUUAGUCAGGGUUAAGUAUAGGAUGCAAUCUUAAGCUCCCAUGCGCUCUAACGGCCAAACAACGGACGGCGUGCUUCGGUGGAUCUGCUGCUAGGAGCUAGCCCUGGCCCGUAUCGGGGUGCCGGCCCAUCGUGACACUUUGCGUGUGACCCAUCCGUGGCCAGCAUACUGCCUUUAUGGGGCAACAGCCAGGGAAGAGCGCUGGCGACCAGAGGAAACCAAGCCUGCCAGCACUGCACUUCAUCAAGGGGGGAAGGAGAGAGCUGGCCCGACACGGCCUGCAGCACUGCAAUGUCUUUGAGGAGCACGAAGCCCUGCAGAAGCCGGACUUGGAGCCACAGAGUUUGACGGAGGCGGCACGUUGGAACUCCAAGGAGAACCUUCUGGUGGGGCCCAGUGAAAAUGACCAUAACUUGUUUGUUGCACUGUAUGACUUUGUGGCGAGUGGGGACAACACUCUCAGCAUAACCAAAGGAGAAAAGCUCCGUGUUUUGGGUUACAACCACAAUGGCGAGUGGUGUGAGGCGCAGAGCAAAAAUGGCCAGGGCUGGGUGCCCAGCAACUACAUCACGCCCGUCAACAGCCUGGAGAAGCACAGCUGGUACCAUGGGCCGGUGUCGCGCAACGCGGCCGAGUACCUGCUGAGCAGCGGCAUCAACGGCAGCUUCCUGGUGCGCGAGAGCGAGAGCAGCCCGGGUCAGAGGUCCAUCUCGCUGCGCUACGAGGGCCGCGUCUACCACUACCGUAUCAACACGGCCUCCGACGGCAAGCUGUAUGUGUCGUCAGAGAGUCGCUUCAACACGCUGGCAGAGCUGGUGCAUCACCAUUCCAUAGUGGCCGACGGCCUGAUCACUACGCUUCACUACCCCGCGCCGAAACGCAACAAACCCACCGUCUACGGCGUGUCGCCCAACUACGACAAGUGGGAGAUGGAGCGGACGGACAUCACCAUGAAGCACAAGCUGGGCGGGGGCCAGUACGGGGAGGUCUACGAGGGGGUCUGGAAGAAAUACAGCCUGACGGUGGCAGUCAAAACUCUCAAGGAGGACACCAUGGAAGUGGAGGAAUUCCUGAAAGAGGCGGCAGUCAUGAAAGAAAUCAAGCAUCCCAACUUGGUGCAGCUCCUGGGCGUGUGCACGCGAGAGCCGCCCUUCUACAUCAUCACGGAGUUCAUGACGCAUGGCAACCUGCUGGACUACCUGCGCGAGUGCAACCGCGAGGAAGUGAACGCCGUGGUGCUCCUCUAUAUGGCCACGCAGAUCUCCUCUGCUAUGGAGUACCUGGAGAAGAAGAACUUCAUCCAUAGGGACCUGGCUGCCCGUAACUGCUUGGUUGGAGAGAACCACUUGGUGAAGGUGGCAGAUUUCGGCUUGAGUCGUCUGAUGACGGGAGACACGUACACAGCCCACGCUGGGGCUAAGUUUCCCAUUAAGUGGACUGCGCCCGAAAGCUUGGCCUACAACAAGUUCUCCAUUAAAUCAGAUGUCUGGGCCUUUGGAGUGCUGCUGUGGGAGAUUGCGACCUAUGGUCUCUCCCCCUACCCGGGUAUUGAUCUGUCCCAGGUGUACGAGCUGCUAGAGAAGGACUACCGCAUGGACCGCCCCGAGGGCUGCCCAGAGAAGGUCUAUGAGCUUAUGCGAGCCUGCUGGAAGUGGGUCCCUGUGGAGCGUCCAUCAUUUGCCGAAAUCCAUCAAGCGUUUGAAACUAUGUUCCAGGAAUCCAGCAUCUCGGACGAGGUGGAGAAGGAACUGGGGAAGAAAGGGAAGAAGGUAAGCAUGUGCCCAAUGCUGCAGGCCCCCGAGCUGCCCACCAAGAUCAGGAGCCUUCGCAGAAACGUGGACCCCAAGGAUGGGGACUGUACAAACGCAAUGGACCCUGUAGCAGUGUCACCCAAACUCCCCAAAAAGGAGAGGCCUUACCUAGACAGCAACCUGAAUGAGGACGACCGACUUCUUCCUAAAGACAGAUCCAAGACCAGCAUGUUCAUCAGUAGCCUCAUCAAAAUGAAGAAGAAGACCACAGCCCCAACGCCCCCUAAACGGAGCAGCUCCUUCAGAGAGGAUGGGCACACAGAGCGCUGGGGAGGAACGGCAGGUCGCGCCGGGGGGGAGCUCAGGGAGGACAUCAGUGCCUCUCUCUUCAGUGAAGCCGCUAACAGCUUUGAACCCAGCAAGCUUCCGGGUGCCAACAACAAUGGUGUGGGAAGCAUCACAAACGGGAUGGCAGGUUCUUCAGGGACCUUGUGUGGCAGGAAGAAAGGCAGCCCUCUAGCGUCCAGCGCUGUGGCGCGGGCAGCCACCACUCCACCAAGCGAUGAAGACACUGCAUCUAACUCGAAACGCUUCCACCGCUCUGCCUCUGCCUCCAGCAUGCCUGACAAGACUGAGUGGAAGUCCGUGACAUUGCCUCGUAAUCCACAGUCCUCGGGUCAUCAUCAGUUUGAUUCUGGCACCUUCGGAGGUCGGCACGAUAGACCUGCCCUGCCCCGUAAGAGAGCCAGUGAGCACAAGCCAGAAUGUACCCCCCGCGCUGGGACUCUAACACCACCUCCAAGGCUCCCCAAAAAGACAGAGGACAUGGACGAAGUUUUCAAGGACACAGAGUCCAGCCCUGGUUCCAGCCCCAAAAAUCUAACACCAAAGCUGAGCCGUCAAGCACAUGGAGAGCUAAGCAAGAACAGCGGGCCGCAGGCCGAACAUCACAAGGCCGCCGCGCUGCCAACGGUGGGGCCAGCGGGAGGGGAUUGCCAUGUCCGUCGGCAGAAGAGCAGCAUGGAGCACCUGGCACCCAAAGAGAAGGGGAAGCUUCAGAAGGCAAAACCAGCUCCACCUCUCCCUUCAUCCUCAAAGUCUGGAAAGAUCUCCCGCAGUCCUCCUCCAGACCCUCCUUCGGAUUCCAAAACAAAAGUCUUUCCACAGACCUCUGACUCCCACCCAGUUAGCCAACCUUCAACGGAACAAGGGAAGCCCCUUGGGUCGGUGGAGGGCUCCAAGAGAACUGUUCUUACCAAUUCCACUAAACUGCCGACUAAGGCCUCACCGCCGGUGUCUGCAUCUGGACAACCGUCCUUGGGGACACAGUCCAUAUCCUCCAGCAGUGAGCAGACAUCUGCCACAGCCUUCAUCCCCCUCAUUACAACACGCCAAUCCUUGCGCAAGACCCGACAGCCGCAAGAGAGGCACCCCAACUCGGCCGUCACCAAAGAGCUGGUCCUCGGAAGCACCGAGCAGCUGCGAGCUGCGAUCGGGAGGAGCUCCGAGCAGACCGGCAGCCACAGCGCCGUGCUCGAGGCAGGAAAGAAUCUGUCCAAGUAUUGCGUCAGCUACGUGGAAUCCAUCCAACAGAUGAGGAACAAGUUCGCAUUUCGGGAAGCCAUCAACAAACUGGAGAGCAGUCUGCGGGAGCUGCAGAUCUGCCCGUCGGCUACAGGUGGCGCUGCCUCCCAGCAGGACUUCACCAAGCUGCUCUCUUCUGUCAAGGAGAUCAGCGACAUUGUUCAGAGGUAGCAGACUAGCGACGGAACCCUAAUGUCUUUAACAAUGAACAGUGAAUGCAGUUUAAAGACAAUGCCAAAUUCCUUAACUAAGACCGGAGUAAAGAGGACCUCUGUCUUAUGUCCGUAGCCUUAGUGUCCUUCCUGUCCUCACUGCAGUGGGGAGGACACAUGUGCAUAGAAUGAAACUUGGUGCACUAAAAUCAAAAGAUAUUACUUCACUACAUUCUUAAUUUCAUUUAAAAAUGCAAAUGCAGCUGUGUACACCCAGUGUAAAACCAUGGAUCUAUUUCUGCAUCACUUGAAUUUUUUUUUUUUUUCUGUUCACCGAUCUUUGUUUUUUUUUAUACAUUAUCAUUUUAAGACAAAUGUAGGUUUCGAAUUGUCGAGUAUUGCAGGAAUUGCGGUACCAGUCAUAUAAAUCUUAUGUACCAAAAUAUCUUCGUUAAUGAACCGUUUAGUCUUAGCAUACAGCUGCAUGUCUUAACAGAUUAAAAGUGUGUUGUUUUGUUGUUGUUGCUCUUCUUUGGUCUGUAGCAGAGGACCAACACAUCAGAGAUGACUGACCACAGAGUUACAGAUAGAAUGUCUGCCUUCCUGUCGACAGGGUGUUAAGUAGGCAUGUGUAAAAACGUAUGCUAAGCAAGGCAAGUGUUCCUGGAAGGGCAAGGGCUUGCAAGAGAGCAGCAUUUGCCUGCUUUAUUGGAGAUACACAAUAAUGAUGCGUUAUGGAUCUAAAACAAAAAAUUAUGGGACUGCACCUUUUGUUUCAUGCAUUUACAUUGUUUUAUAAAACUUUUUUUUUGCCUGAAGUAAACUUGAUCAGAACUGAUCAUUUAUUAUAUACCAAUCCAAAUACUCAUUAUCCUUUUCUUGAUACUUUAAAUGAGAUGUGUUCCCUGCAUUUAUGUGUACUUUCCAGCGCCUUGCCCUCUCUGACUGCAGUGACAGGAUGUCACGCUCUACCUAAUUAUACCUUUGUCACACUAAGGUACUGUUUUCACCUUUAAAAUAUGUUAUUUAAUUUUUAUUUCCAGUAGUCACAAUGCCACUAUUUCUUUCCUUCUCUUUUUUUUGUAGAUUUGCUGUUAAUUUUUUCACUUUGUAAAUAUCUUUGUUCUCUUAAUAUCUUCACAGUAAACCCUGUGGUGCAUUUUAUGUUUGAUAUGAAUACAGUGAUUUAUCACUUGAAA